CGGGAGAGUGUUUUCGGCGUGCUAACCCUCGCCAGCAGCUUCCCAACCCCCACAGGGACGAUAGCAGGUCCCACAAGUGUGUGCGCGCAGUGUAGAAACGUGCAGUGAUAAGAAUCUUGAACAGGAAGUAACCGCCAGUGCUCUGAUCGAGUGUUGAGGGAGCCUAGCACCGAACAUGUCCGGCGAUACGCAGCCAAAGAAGCGGAAGGAUAAAAAAAGGAAGAAAGAUGAUGAAGACACGGUUAAGGAAACGAUUGCCCAUGCACCGAAGCAACCGUCUAGCGGAGCCGCACAGGCGGCCAAGGAACCGGGUGAUGUUCAGAUGCACAUCCACAGCGAUCACGGCACCGGAGGCAAUUGGUGCGCGAAGGUCGUCUUCUUUAUCCUGCUGGCCGGUCUCGGUGCUUUGAUCGGACUCAUCCUCAUCGAAAAUCAGGGUCUCUCCAACGAGGACACGCCGUUGUCCGAAUCACGGUACUCGGAAUUCUUUAACGGCUGGGUCGACGAAACGCGGCAAGACGAUCACCAUCACGAAGAAAUCUUGGCAGCCAUCAACUCGCUCGACGAUCACGAUGACGACGAUGGUGAAGCGCAUCACGUGGUAGAUGAUCACGAUGAUGAUGAGCACGAUCAAGAUGGAGGCGAUGGAGAUCACGACGAUGGUACGCCGUAUGCCGAGGAAGAAGACCACGAUGACGAUGGAACGGACGUGCAGGAUGAUGACGAAGAUGAGGGACCAGCGCAGAAGCUGGACGAUGAUGAGGUGGAGGAGAUCUUCACUCAACAAGAGGCCGCCGAACAGCAGGCUGCUACCGUCGACGAUGACGACGAUGACGAUGAUGAUGGUCAGGACGACGGCGAUGAUGAUGAUGAUGAUGACGCCGGUGCCAACGGAAAUCCUAAUCUUGAUGAUGACGAUGAUAAUGAUGAUAAGAAUGAUAAUUUUAAUAACAAACAAGAUGAUGAUAAUGACGAUGACGACGACGACGACGAUGAUACCAAGACUGACGAUGAUAAGGACAACGAUGAGCUAGAGAAAAAGAGUGACAAUGUAAUCACAAAAACUAAUUUGGAUAAUAACGAUGACGAUGAUGAUGAAAAUGAUAAAGAUAAUGACGACGAUGAAAAUGAGGAAGCUGCCAAGGGUAAAGAAGAUUUUGAUGGUGAUGAGGAUGAAGAAGAAUUGGUAGGAAGUGAACAAGACUUUGAUGAACCAGCCGUUAGGAGCAACACUGGUGCUACAGUUGCUGACGAUGAUGAUGACGACGAUGAUGUGUUCGUUGAGCGAAACGCUGGCUUUGCUGAUGCCGAUGACGACCAGGAUGAUAAUGUAUUCGAUGAGGAAGAUGAGAACGACAACGACAACUUUGAUGGGGACGAGGACGAAAUUGAAGCAGUAACUCGUGGAUCUCAAUCAGCAAAUGAAGGCAAUGAUAACAAUGUGGAUGACGAUAACGACGAGGACGACGAUGAUGAUGAUGUUGAUGAUGGCAAAGCAGAUUUCAGCGAAUUCGUGGACAACGACGGCGGUGAAGAGGAAUAUUUGGAGAAGAUUCGUAGCGAACAGCAACGUCGUGCAGCAGAUGAAGAAAAGCGUCGGGCCGCUGUUGAACCAGAAGAGGAAACUUCACUUACGGUAAAAAUCUUUGUCGGUGUUGCACUGAUCGGUGCUGCGCAUCUUCUCUUAACUAGUCCACGUGCUCCUACGAAAAAACCAACCAGUAAAGGUGAUGGCGCUAACGUUCAGAUAGAAAAUACACCUACCAAUGAUGGUUUAUUAUCUAACGCAAAAUUGGAACCCAAAGACGAAACCCAAUUAACUGGAGCUAAAUCGAUACUGGAUGAUUUUGUUUAUGCCAAUCCUAAAAACCAGUCAGUAAUAACCGACGUAGAUAUGACCGAAGAAAAUGUGGCCAUGUUUGACGAUAACGACGACGACGCCGAGCGUUAUUCGGGAGAUGAUUACGAAUACGAAAUGGAAGAAAUAGAGGAAGAUUAUGAGCAGGAAGAGGAGAAGGAGAAAAUCCUUAUAAAACAAGAGGAAGAAAUUGGUGCAUUUGUGCCGAUUACAUUCGAAGAUUUCAACUCAAUGUAUCGAUCGCCAACAGAGGAAGUCGAAGUUGUGAUGGAUCAAAAAGUACAUACCACGCAUGCGAUUGCACCUGAACCGCUGUCGAAGAAGGGAACGAAAGAUUCCUUGUUGGCACGGAAGAAACCACCGAAGGGUGCUUUGAACAAGCUCAUUUAUGGUUUGCACAAGGAUCCAAUCGUUAUUCCAUCCGGCGCAGGAGAAAGUGAAACGGAGCCCGACCGGAUGCGUGAUCGGGAGACUCUGGCGGAACCGAGUGGAAACUCGCAGGUAUCUGCAACAGCAGCCCAUUCGGUGCGAGAAAAGCACGUCGAAUUUCGGCUUCCCGAGCGAGAGGAAACGGAAUUUGAGCUGGAGCCAGUGUACAGGCCAGAGCACACGGCACUUCAUCCAGGUGCCAGUGACAACGGCAGUAAAGAGAACUUAUUCGUACCGGACGCCAGCGAAGAAGAGCCGGAACCGGAUGAGUAUGCCGAGGAGUACGACGAGUAUGAGGGCGAAGAAGAGAUUGUCUACGAAGAAGAGGAAGUGGACGAUGAGAUCGAGUCGGUUCUGCUCAAUCAGUACGGUUCGGACGAGGAGGAAGAACCGCUGACCGACGACAACAUUCCGCCGGGUGGUGAAUACGACGAGGCAUCGGAUGUUGACGACUCGGACCUGAUGCGUAGAUUGGAGGAGAAAUACGGCAAAUUACCGGCGAGUGCGUCAACGACGGCGGCAUCCAACUCCGAGGCGGCCGGUCCGGAUGGUGAUGAUGACGAAGCGACCGCUGCUGGCUGGACAAAAAUCCCAUCGAGGGCUGAAGAGGCUGAUCGGUCCUAUCAGGAAGAAUUAAGACGAGCCGAGCGGCAACUCGACGAGAAGGAUCCGGAAAAAGCGCUAGCAGCGUACGAUCGCAUUAUCGUGCAGCAACCUAAUUCCAUCGCUGCCCUGAUCGGACGGGCGCGAGCUUUGGAUGCGUUGGCCGAACAACGACGGAGUAACUCCAUCCUGACGGAAGCGAUCACUGCCUAUCGUAAGGUGCUUGAGCAGGAUCUUGCGGUAGACGAUGCGACGCUGAAGUCUAUGGCGGAACGAUGCCUCGAUCGGAUGCGUUUCCAGGGCCAGCACGCAAAGGCGAUUGAGGUACACAAGAUGCUGAUACGACGAUUCGACCACGAACCACUCUAUCGAAAUCAGCUCGCCGUUAGCUACCUCUACAUGAACAGGCUCCAGGAAGCUAAAGCCGUCCUUCACGACACCCUGUUGCGGUGGAUCGGCGAUGGGUUCGCUCUGGUACAUUACGGGUUCGUGUUGAAGACGCUGGAUCAGAACAUGGAGCUAGCGGCGCAGUACCUGCAGGAGGGUAUCGAUACGGACCACGAAGGCACCCAGGAUGGACGGUUUUACUUCCAGCUGGGCGAUGCCUUGCAACGGCUAGGACGCAACAGCGAGGCACUAAACGUGUACCGGAAGGGCGUAGAAAAGAAGCUGUUCCUUUCGCUGUACCAACGAUCGCUGUACAACGUGGACGGGUUACGUUCCCGUCCGUUUUGGACGCAGGAACAGACGACUCACGGGCGCGAAUUGGAGCUUAUCCGUGCGCAAUGGACGCAGAUCCGUGACGAAGGUCUAGCGCUGCUGAGCAGUGAGGGUGUUUUCGUGAAUGAAACGGAAAAUCUUCGUGAUCGAGGAGACUGGAAGCAACUGGAGCUGUUUUCUCGUGGCGCUCGGUUGGAGCGUAACUGUGCCCGCGCACCUCUGACCUGUCGGCUGGUGGAGCAACACUUUCCGGCGGCACGCUCUUGCAAGCGUGGUCAGGUGAAAUUUAGCGUCAUGCAUCCUGGCACCCACGUGUGGCCGCACUGUGGCCCUACAAACUGCCGCGUACGGGCACAUUUGGGCUUAAGCGUGCCAGCUGGUACGUCAAUAAGAGUCGCCGAGGAAACACGCUCCUGGGAGAACGGCAAGUGGUUGAUUUUCGACGAUAGCUUUGAGCACGAGGUGUGGCACAAUGGGACAGCAACACGACUGGUACUAAUUGUGGACUUUUGGCAUCCAGAUUUGUCGGAAAGCCAACGACGCACACUGACGCCCAUCUAGUGCAGAGACUGCACCAUCAAUGGUGAUCUUCAGCAGCAGAGUUAGCAGAUCCUAGAAUUUGUGCGUGAAACGCAUAUGCAUUUUACCAUACUCUCCCUCACACAGGUUCGUUAUAGGUACGCGUAGUUGCGUGAUUUCCUUUAAUUUAAAGCUAGAUUUAGUAAAGCUGGUGCCUUUUGACGAUGUGAGUGAGUUUUGCGUUAGUAUAGUAUAGUAUGUGACAUGGGCAAAUGAUUGAAAAUCCGGUCUCGAAUCACGCGUGUUAUGGCCAAAGUUAGAACGAUCAAGGUAACGAGCUUUCAAGGACUGCUCCCUAAAGUCUGGUCUUUCGUUUUACGGGUUAUCGUGGGAAGGGUUGUAUUCGUUUUUUGUGUAUAGAUUACAAUGGAGCGUCUAAAGACGAACAAACCACAGCUAGACAUUGAGUGGAAAGACAAAAAGACUCAACACACCAAGGACAUAAGCACUGAACGGGGUUUAUUAGCAUGGGAACGAUUGUAUUUCUUUUCCACCAGGCAGUAGGAAACUCAUGAGAAAUUUUCAAAAACAGUAGAGAGAAACUUUGUUCGCUGUAAAAUUGAUUGGAAUGAAAAGGAUACGUGCUUGGAGAGUUGGCACUGGCAAAUCUUACUAUUCUUCUAAUCGGAAGACAAUAAAUAG